AUCAAAUGCUACUAAAGAUUUGAAAUAGUGAAAUUUCCACGACAAGGAAAAACUUGAAAUUUGCAUAGCCCCUCCUCAACCCGAUCCGAUUCUGGAUCCUUUAUGAGUUCUUCAUCAAUCAGAUAAUCGCGGAUCCAAGUAGCAGCUCCUUCUUCAUCCAUUUCUUGCUUCUUCGUUACAGUGUUCCAUACAGAUACAGAGAUAUAGGUAGUGAUUCUGAACCUUGUUUUCUUCAUGUCUACUCAAAUAAAUGCUGAAACCCAUUAAUCUCUAAUGGAAGUUCCCAAAUCCCCUUCCAAAGAUAAACGAUUCGGAAACAAGCAUAAAUUGUUGUUUAAAACCGGUGCUGUCAUUUUCAUCCUUAUUCUCUUGUUUCUGGGUUUUUAUCUCGAGGCUUAUAGCUCGAAACCCAACACGUCAUCGUAUUACACUGUUGUUAUAGACUGUGGAAGCACAGGGACACGGGUUAAUGCAUAUGAAUGGAUGUUAGGGAGUGUUGUAGGUAAUAGAAAUUUGCCGGUUUUGCUGCAUUCAUAUCCUGAUGGUAAUGCAACAAAUAGGAAUAGUUCGUUUUGGAAAACCUCUUGUCAAUAUCAUUGUAUGCAAACCGAACCCGGGUUAGAUAAACUGGUUAAUGAUUCUUUAGGAGUCAGACAAGCUUUGGAGCCUUUGAUUGUUUGGGCGGAAAGUUUAGUUCCUCGAGAAAUGCACGGUGAUACGCCGAUUUUUGUUCUGGCUACUGCUGGACUGAGGAGGCUUAAGAGGGAGGAUGUGUUUCGGGUUUUGGAGGAUGUGGAGGCUGUUGUGAAAGAUCACUCUUUUAUGUUUGACAGGAGAUGGAUUAGGGUAUUGAGUGGGAGGGAGGAAGCUUAUUAUGGGUGGGUGGCUUUGAAUUACAAAAUGGGUAGCUUUGAUGAUGAUCAUCAGGGGUCUUCUACUUUGGGACUUGUUGAUUUGGGUGGCUCGUCGUUGCAGAUUGUGGUGGAGAUUGAUCGUGCUACUGGGGAUGAUGUGAACGCGAUGAGAUCGGAGUUCGGAUCAAUUGAACAUAGGAUUGUGGCGUACUCGUUGCCUGCAUUUGGGUUGAAUGAAGCGUUUGAUAGAACUGUUGUUAUGCUUAGAAAUAAUCAGAGUGCAGAAAGCACCAGAGGUAUAUCUGAACUCAGACAUCCUUGUCUGAUGUCUACUUUCGUACAAAACUAUACCUGCUCUUAUUGCUCGGGACUUGAUGCCACUGACCAAAAAAAUCAUAGCCAACCCCAGAACUCUUUAAGUCUUACUGGGGAGCCUGAUUGGGAACAAUGCAGAGAAAUAGCUAUUGCUGCUGCUAUGAACUUGAGCGAUUCCCAAGUGUCACAUCAGGCAGUUGGUUCAAAUUGCCAAGCAAGUAUGUUUUCUGGUAUUGGCACUGAUGCACUUAACUCAACAGCAGUUGCUCACCCAACGAAGCGAUUCCAUGCUUUAUCUGGUUUCUUUUUUGUCUACAACAAGCUAAAUUUGAGCCCAAGAGCCAAUUUAACAACAAUUUGGGAGUCAGGCAAGCAAAUAUGUUCAAAUUUAUGGGCUGGCUUGAGCAGUAUAUCUGACAAUCCAAAUUAUGCUGGACAAUUUUGUUUCCGCGUGGCUUAUAUGGCAUCACUGAUCGAGCAUGGUCUAUGUCUCGGUGAUGUAGAAAUGGAAUUCGGUCCAGGGGAUGUUUCCUGGACAUUAGGAGCUGCAUUGGUUGAAGGGAAAUUUCAAUGGUUAAAUAUUGCAAACCACAAAUCCCAAACUGUAAUUUCAGCUUUAAAGAAUGUGAAGGUCAUGUCUUCUUCAACUUGUCUUUUUGCUGUCCUUCUGUUGCUUUUAUUGAUUGUUUAUUGUACUCAAAUUAAGCUACCUAUGCCAAGCAGAAGAGCGUCUGCUCCUGGCUCGUCUUUGCCAUCACAUACUCAUACAAGACAUCGAGCUAACUAAUAUUUCAGUACUCUUUUAUAUUUCCUUUGCCAUCUUAUACUCAUUUUGAUAUGACAUGAUACCAAAUAUUUUAGAAAGCAAUGCUAUUUAAUAGGUGAGGUGCACUCAAAUUUUUUUAAAACCAUACACUACUAGGAAACUAGCUUUUUUCCCCUCCCAAUUUUCAGUGUCAUUUCCACAAAUAUAUAUAUAAAGAAUGGUUGGGGAGCUUUCUUGUGUUAGCUGUUGCUGCAUUUUUUUUGCCCGGAAAACAUGAUGUACAUUUUCAAUUAAUAUACUUUUGAAGCAAAUGUCACUGAAGACAUACUCAUGGUGGAUUCUUAACUUAAAGAUAUGUGUCUACAAUCAGCUACUGGUAAAAUACCCUUGCAUCCGCCCAGGUCGCGCAAAGUCAUUUAUCAUAUUAAUUAUUUACAUAAACAAUAUUUAAUCAACAUACAUAGAAGUUUGUUAUAAAAUAUUAAUUAGGUUUAAGUAAAUUAUAACACUCAAUAUUAGUGAGUAGUAACUUAUCAGCUUGUAUUAUUGUUUGAACAUCAGACACAGAAGAAAUAAGGGAUUUUGUUGUAGUUGAAAGUCUGUCAGGAAUAUCCAGUAUUAGUUUAAAUGCCAUGAAUAUUCUAUUUUCCUUAAUCGGAUUAUUACAUCACUCAUUGUUCUAUUGUCUUGAUGUUUUGGGGUCUGCUGAUGUGACAGUGGAGGAUAGCUUUCAAUUUCCCUGGCUGCUGACUCCUGACCAAUUAUACUAGUUAGAGUUAGCUCUGAAAGCAAUGUUACAUGGGAUGGAAGAUAGAAGACGAUUAAUCUUACACCAGUUUAUUGUAGUUGAAGUCAUUGAAUUCGUUAACUAUAAAUGGAUGAGUGCUUUCGUAAGUAUUACGCAUAACGCUUGGCGAUUAUGGUUCUGUGUGGUUCUGGUUCUGCUUCAAACAUAAUUGAGACUAGAGUACCUUCAAAAAUAGACACAUUUGGGGAAUCGAAAUUCCAACUAGAUCAACCUACAGCAUUGCUUAAGUUUUAUUCCAAACAAACUGAGAUGAAAACACAUUCACAUUUUCCAUUGUCAUGACACCAAAUGGUGAUUCUAUCAAAUACAAUUUUUUUCUUCCCCUCGAAUCGUACUAAAUGUUAGAAUCUCCAAUUCAACACCUAUGCACAAUCAAGGAGAGGAUUCACUAUCUUUGAAUCUUGGUGCAUUUGGUGACUUUGUGUCAAUAACUCUCUAAACCAUUAUUUAUAAUCAUUCAUAUAUCAUCAAAUAUACACUAAAGACACAAAGUUACUAAAUAUGAAAGAUACCUGAUCCUAUUCCUGCACAAACAUACUCAGACCAACAAAAAAGAAGCUAAAUAUCUUAUUUGUGGAAUUAAUGAUAUUGAAUUUAAUGUUUUCA